CGGAAGUUGACAGUGUUGCUCAGCAACGGAAAGAUGUCUGCAACCGGGAGCCCUAGGUCCGAAGCAGAACAAGAGGACUUCCAGACAUCUGAUAAGGAGGAAACAUUGUUGCAAAGGGGAUGGGAAACCGUAAGAGAAGAUGACGGACAGGCUACUCCCCCAGCCACGGUCUCGCCACGGGGGACAGAGAGAGAUGAAGCCGAGGAGGUUGGCACGUCAGCCCAGACCGCCGUAGAGGAGCCUUUAACAUCCAGAGGACUUGAGUCGAUGGAGGCAAUGAGCACCAGCUCUCCGAGUGUCCUCCAAACUUCCUCUGUGGCUUUUACUGAGAGAUACACAUUAUCCCAGUACAUGGAGCAGCUGGCAGAAUCAGGUGAGACCGGAGCGGUCACCUCCUCCACAUAUUCUGGUCUCCAUCAGUUUAGCCAGCAGUUGGAAGAAAGCGAAGAUGAAGAUGAUGUUCCUCAAGGUUUACGCGAGGAAGACGGAGCAGCCGAGGAGAAAGAAGAAGAUGACGCAUCAGAGCUGGUGGUUCUAGAUCCCAAUCAUCCCCUGAUGACAAGAUUCCAGACGGCUCUCAAGACAUACCUCACUAAGCAGAUACGCAGUCUGGAUCUGGAGCUGCGAGAAAUGCAAGAAUCCUUGAAGAAGAACAAAAACCACCGAGAUGAUAUUGGUGUGAUCCUAUAUGGGAUACAGCAGGAGCUGGCCCGUCUCCAGAUGGGGCUGGAAAAGCAACAUGACAAACAUGCCCAGGUCUCCAUGAUCCGGCGGCAGAAAGAAGAUGAGCUAGAAGCCAUCAGGGAUCUGUACAAGAAGACCCACCAGAUGACAGGAGAAGAGCGCAAAAAAGUUUCCAGCAUGCAGACAGAGGUGGAGAACCUGGCCCUGCGGCUUUUUUACAUGGAGAACAUGAAUCAAGACGUGCACUCGGAUAUCUCAGUGAUGAAACGUGCCGUGCAAAAGGCGGAGGCAGAGAGGAUGCAGGCCGAGGUGGAGAAACUGAAACAGGAUAUGUACAUAGAUCGACUGACCAGGGAGGCUGACCGUCUACGGGAGCAAAUUGCAUUGUACGAUGCACAACUCUCCGCUCAACGAGAUGAUACUAAGGCUGCUCGGGGAGUAGUUGCAGAGGCCAGCAUGGAGAUUGAAUCCAUUGGGUUGGAGAAAAAACAGCUGUUUCAGCAAUGGAACAGCAGCCUGAUUGGGAUGACAAGAAGAGAUGAGGCCUACGCGGCUGUCCAGGAGGCUCUUAGUUUGGCUCGGCAAGAGCUACGCGCCAUGGACACCGAGAUCGAGAGCUACAAGAAGUCCAUCACAAAAGAAGAGGACAGGAACGAACAGCUGACCUUCAUGUUCAACCGCACCGAAAGAGACUCAGCCAUGAGCAAGAAGCUGAUCGCUCAGUGUCAGGCCAAGCAGGAGGCGCUGCGCGUGGAGUUUAGCACAUACAUGCGUACUCUGCAAGAGACGGAGCAAGCACUAAGCAGAGUCACCGCGGAGCGUACCGUACGUUUGAGUGAGGUGGCUACCAUCCGCAAACAGAUCGAGAAAGAAUCCCAAGUGAAGGUGGUCCUCGAAAAUCAGAUCAUGGAGAAACUGCAGGAGAAGAUGACAUCGGACAAAGCAACCAAAUAUACAUCUCUCUUGACUGAGAAGUUGCAAAAGAGGAAACUAGAUCUGGAGAUAGAAUUUGCCAAAGUUGAGAAUGACACGGCUCAAGUCCAGCUGGAGAUUAAUCACAGCUCAUCUCAGAUCAAAAGUCUACAGAGGACGCUGGCAGAGCUAGAGAAAAACAUCCAGAACACCAACGAUCUGAUCUCGCGCAGCCAGAGCGAGAUCGCCAAGCGCACUAUCGCAAUCGAGAGAAAGCAGGCCACCAUCAACCUAUUCAGCAAACAGAUCGAGUCUACUGUUGCACAGAUUGGGGGCAAGGAACUGGGGCCUUUGGAGAUCCAGAUCUCAGCUCUGACCAAGCAAAUAGAGGAAUGCAGUGCAGACAUAGCGUCCAUCCAGCAGUACUGGCUGCGUCUGCAAACAGAGAUGGUGAGACUGACCCAGCAGAGAGAAGAACAGGACGCCUCUGUAGAGAUGCUAAAGAAAGAGCUGACCAUUCUCCAGCAGAAGAAAAUUCGCACUGAGAAUGAGAUUGAGCAGGAGAAAAAUGAACAGAAGGACAUCGAGCACCACAUGAAGAACCUAAGAAAUGACAUGCUUCGGUUGAACACGCUCAUCAGCAAGAACAGCAGCUCCAAGGAGCAACUGCAGCAACUCAACCAGCUGAUGGAGAGCGAGUUCAUGAGUUCACUUCGGGCUGCAGAGAAAGAGUCCGUAGAGAUGCAGGAGAAUCUGAGAUACCUCCAAGAGGAGAAGGAGAGAAUGUUGCAUAGCCUGGUGGAAACGGAGCAUCAGAUCAUGUUGUGGGAAAAGAAGAUUCAACUCGCUAAGGAGAUGCGAAACGCAGUGGACUCUGAGGCUGGACAAGGAGAGAUCCGAGCCAUGAAGGCAGAGAUCCAUCGAAUGCAGGUCCGGCACACACAGCUGAUGAAACAGCAAGAAAAGAUGAUCCGUGAUAUGGAAGCUGUGGUAACUCGGAGAGAGACCAUUCUAACCCGUGGGCGCAGCGUAAACGAGAAGGACAAAAAGAACCUUAUAGCCAGUGAGUUCCGCAGUAAACUACAGGACCUGAAGAAGGCGAUUAAAGAGACUCAUAAGAACAUUGAAGAAUCUACCAGCACUUUCAACGACCUCCAGGACUCUCAGAAAUCACUCAGUGCGGCAAUCGCGGAUAAGCAGCACAACAUCACCACCCUAAAGCAGGACGCCGGCUCCAUCGAACUAGAAAUCGAGCAGCUUCAAGAGAAAAAACGCCAGAAUCUUUCGCAGAUUGUAUCCUAUCAGACCCGUCUGAAGCACCUACAGGCCGUAAAGGAAGGGAAAUACAACCCUGUUUGCCGCACUCCACGAUCGCUGGAGGCUGAGCAUCAGAAACAAGAGAGCCGCAUACACACCGUCAGCACCAUCGUCCACCAGAUCCAGCAGGAGUAUCCGCAGUAUCAAAGCGCCCUGCGCAGCGUGAGCCUUGCCCUGGAGGCUCGACUAGGCACCCAGGGGAACAUGUCUGAACGGUCCCAGUGAACGCACUUCUCGUUUACCCAAAGCUUUGCAAUGCGGCAUCCUUCAGAAGGAAACAAACAAGAACCGUAUCAGUGUAAAAACCUAUUGACCAAGAAAGACAACAAUAAUGUACAGAAUAAAUGAAAUGCAGUAGGUUUGCAAGUA